AAAGGUUUGGACAUUUUCCAACACCUAGUUUGUUUAGGUCGCGGGAUAAAUAAAAACAAAAUCUUGCGAAAAUCGUUUACAUUAUUAUAAAUAUAAAAAGAACACGCUGUAUAAAUUAUAAAUUAUAAGCCCCUAACUAUUUCACAUCAGUACUUUAUUAUUUUAUACUCUGGCGUUAUUUCUGACUUUGAACAUCAAAUUAUUUCAUCAUCCUUUUUGACCGGAAAGUCCAAUAUUUUUAUUUAAAUGUCCCUAAAUGGAUCUAUUGUGGAUGUCGAGGAGCGCCUGGACAACUUCAUUGUCCGCAAGAACGCCAAAAAGGCUGACUUUUCGAAGCCAGGACCAGCCGUUCAUGAAAACGUACCCCUAAUCUUACGACAUCUACUUCGAGUCACAAGUUGUCCAGAAAGAGAAAAGGUCUUCCUGACUGCGAACCAUCGGUUGGAUGCAAUCCAUUUUAGCACCUGCAUCGUCUAUGCCCUGGUGGUUGGACAUGGGAAUCACAACAAUUCAUUCUACAAGUAUUUAAUCGACGACGGCACAGGCUGUCUAGAAGCGAGUUUUCCCAAAAACACAGCCAAGCGAGCAGCUAUGGCCAGUCUGGCCAACGAGGCCCGAGCAGUGGGAUCCUACGAGAAAUACAAGGACAUAUCGGCAUGCUUGCUCCGGCUUUUGGAGGCGGUCAAUGAGUAUACCGAUCCCACGCUUAUCAAAAGAGGUAUCUACGUCUGCCUGCGGGGAAAACCGAAUAUAUUCAGGGAAACCGUGGGCUUGGAUGUGUUCUCCUUUGUCAUAGACCAAAACAAAUGCCGGGAACUGGAGAUUGGGUUCGCCGAUCACCUCAUUGAAUGGCACGAAAAAGUUCAACCAAAUAACUAAUAAAUUAUAUUAGUAAUAAUAUAAGUUUUUCCUUGUAUUGAAAUUUUACAGGUAAUAAAAAAUCAAGCUUUAAAUAUA